AGACAUGACGACAUCGAAGUGUUAGCAAAGUAAUCUGAUAAAUGAUGUGAUUCCAGAUAGCAUGGAUGGUAAAUAACUCCUUAACGAGAUUAUGUAAUAACUAAUCGAUUUUAAUGUGAGUGCGAAUGUGUAUAUAUGAAUGAAUCUUGUGUAAUCACACGUGCAAAAGAAAACAGUUAUAAAUAGCCACGUCACCAUUCGGGAGCACUCGGAUAGAUAGGAUUCAGAUACAAGGUACUGUAAACGUUAAAUGUUUGGAGACAUGAAUCUUGUAACACUGGUUUUGCUGCAGAUAUUUGUCACGUCAUUGUGUGAUGAUUUACAAACUUCAAUCAAUUCCCAUGUGGAUACUUUUCAACAGAGGGGGGCCCCGGGACUCCGGGCUCCUAAGAAACUAUGGUGGGCAAAAGAGAUAACGCCCGACUUCCACGUUGCUGGAAGAUUGUCUGAACGACAGAUCAAAUACGCAGCCGAUGGGGGAUUUAAAAGUAUUGUCUCAUUGUUCCAAGAUGACUAUCCAUCUAAUAUUGGCGAUGAAUAUCUACCGACGAGUGCGGAGGCAGCCGAAAUCGCCAAACAAGCAGGACUUGAUUAUCGGGUCAUAUUGGAUUCUGAUAACUGUGAUUGGGCCUCCGCUGAGGCUGUAAGUAAAAUGGCUACCAUAGUUCCAACACUUAAUAAGCCCAUUUUACUCCAUUGUAACCGUGCCUAUACAAUAACGUUUGUGACUAUGCUGUAUAUAGCCAAUACGUCAAGACACGAUCAGAAAUACAUACCUCAAGUUAAUUUUGAAAAAGUUUAUAAGAUGGCCGCCGCAAUGGGCUUAGAUUUCAUAAUGGACUUUACCCAAGAGACUGCGGCAAAAAUCACCGGCGAAGCAAUUCCAGAGAAUUUACCAGAACCUAAUGUUGUACCAGAUGAAUGGUAUGAUUACUGGUUGGCACAUCCUGUGUACAAGAACUGGUUCACGGCUGGACAAAUACGCGAAAAUCAACUCGAGACUUUAAAAAUGGCUGGCUUUAUCCACGUGGUCAACAUGAGAAUGGGUGUUCAUGAUGAAAACGGAAAUCCUUCCCAAGAGCAGGUAACUCUCAUCAACGUCAAAGAUGGAACACCGACCUACGGCAAUAAAGAAAUUGGCCCACGACAAAUUCCGGAUACUUUGAAGAAACUUGUUAUUAACCCAUUAAGAAACAAUUCAUUUGUGGCCGAGAAUUCGGCAGUGAACUUCGAGUCGAGAAAUCCAGGAGAGUUCGGGGACGAGAUUGGAUAUAACGAAGACCGGGAAAGACAGGUUCUAGAAAAGGCUGGUUUUCAUUAUUAUCACAUGCCAGUCCUGUCUGGUGGAAAGUUCAGUCCGGAGUUAUUUGGGAAAUACAAAGAUAAACUAUUAGAGAUCGGAAGAACAGGAGAACCCAUCCUGGUCCACUGUGCUAGCGCCCACAGAGUGGCCUACAUGACGGUGCUGGCCGCCGCCCUGCAGUAUAAUAAGGACUUGGACUGGGCCCUUCAGAGGACUCGCGAGCUCGGUUUUGUAGUGAGCCCAACAGAGCACAAAGAUGUCUUCCUCAUGUACACAGCCUGGUUACGACUUAAAAAUUUCAACUCUUCUAAAGACGAACUGUGAUCACCUUUGUAAAAUUUCUUUCUAUCGUUAACUGAUGAUGUAAACUAAUUAUAUGAGUUUUGUGUCAAUUACUGAGAGUAUGAAAAAUAUUAAUAUCCUUCAAUACUUAAAAUGAUUUACUAAUCCAAACGAUAUACAAUGUUUCACAAUCGUUUGAUCAUUUUGAAUUUUUAUCAUUAUUUUCAAUAUUAUUCGCAUAUUUUCAAUCAAUAUUUCAUUUGAUUUAACGAUUUUGUGAAUGAAUGUUUAAUGUACAUGUACAUAUAAAUCUAUAUUUUUAUACAUUGAAUACCUUAUUGAAGGAUGAGCAAGGUGAUAAUUUGAUAACUUCUAUAUAUUCCAAUGAUAAGUUUUAAAUUCCGUAUCAUGAUAAGAUAGGAAAAAACAAUGCUUGAAAUAGGUAUUGUACAUAAAAUGUGUGUUAUUUUAUAAAUCAAAUUAUUUUACUUUGUAUUCCUUUUAUUAGCAAUGAUUACCCGCUUUAUAGCACGGCUGCUUUUAUUUUUUCUUUAGACUGAAUGAAUGAUAUUUGUAGACCGGAAGUAGCAAUAACUUAAAAUGUGUUCUCCCAGACAGAACGUUUCGAACGCAUUUUCGCCAGGGCUGAUGCGUCAUGGUAUUAGAAUUUACAUUAAAAUGCACAAGUGGUUUGUC